AACAGUGAGCAAGAUGGAGAGACGCCGAGUCGUCCAUCCUCGCGAUGAUUCAGGAAAUUCCUAGUGUCCGGCCCGUACUGUAGACCGACGUAGUGUCUCACGCUCAUUACGUGCAGAGAUGUAGUGGUGUCGGAAGGAAAUCAUGGUUGAGGAAAGAUUUUGCCUGAUAAUGCUCAUUUCGUGUCAUAUAUAACUGGUGGUGUGUACCCAAAGGUGGAGUUGUGCGUUCGUGUCAACAGUGUUCAAAGUUGAGUGGAGUGUGUCACUUGGUGCCGGGUGGACCAGACUUGCGAGGAGUGGCGGGCAGCGUUGCGUGCGCUGAGUGUGUCUUGGCAAGAUGAGUGGGCCAGCGGCCAGUCGGUAGUGGUGGGCAUAACCAGCUCACUGACAAAUAGCUACUGGAGCCCGGUCUGGCCAGCUCGGCGGCCUGGGCGCACCACGGACCCAAGCCUCACUCUCAACCCAUGUGCGAGGAACCCUAUCCCGAGCUGCCCUAUGAUCCAAGGUGGCUGCCACCCGCUCCGCCGGAGCAGCCCACCCGACACCGCCCGUUAGGAUGGCAACUCUAGGGCUCUCAAAAGUCUUCAUCCUCGAUAAAUACUUUACAGAGCUUCAAAAAUUCUGGGAAACGGAGAAGAAACUUCAAGAUGCGUGUGGCACGAGCGAGGCGGCGCAGCUGGAGCAGCGGUUGAGGUCCCUGGGCUGCGAGCUGGUCACGCUGCGGUCAAGACUCCCGCCCGCACUCCACCACCCCCGCCCCACCACGCCCCCUACCCCCAUCACCAACACAUCCACCAACUCCUCCUUCCAUACCAACAACAACAACAACAAUAACGCCACCAACAACAACAACAAUAACGCCUCCACCUCCACCGCGUCCUCCAACAACGCCACAUCCGCCGCCACAACGAUCACCACCGCCACCACCACCACCACCACCACAGCCGCCAACAACAACAAAAACUCCCAAUCCCACAACGGCGCCCCUCCCCUGCCUCCCAACUUCCCCGUCGGUAGCGGCGCGCCCUCUUCAGCCGCCCUCAACGCCCGUAUCCCGCCCAACACCACCUUGGCCGACGCCCUCAACACCUCGCAGUCGUUUCUCGCUGAUGGUAGCUGCGUGAGGGGCGGCAUGACAGGUGGUGUGCAGGAAGUGGAGGACCUCAUCCACCUGGCGGGACCCCUCACCGAGGAUGCCGUCCUUAAGACUCUUCACGCCAGGUUCUGCUCCUCGCAUUAUUUUACCAACGUGGGCCCAAUCUUGCUGUCGGUGAACCCGUACCAUGAGGUGGGCAACGCCCUCACCCUCACUUCGACGCGGGCGGCGGUGCAGAGUCCCCACCUUCUACGGGUGGUCCACGAGGCAGUCCGCCAGCAGAGCGAGACGGGCUACCCUCAGGCGAUCAUCCUCUCAGGUGCUUCCGGGUCUGGCAAGACCUACACGUCGAUGCUGCUGCUGAGGCAGCUGUUCGACGUGGCUGGUGGCGGGCCGGAGACUGACGCCUUCAAGCACUUGGCUGCAGCCUUCACCGUCCUGCGCUCCCUGGGCUCUGCCAAGACCAGGUCCAACUCGGAAUCUAGUCGUAUUGGUCACUUUAUAGAGGUGCAGGUGACGGACGGGGCGCUCUACAGGACCAAGAUUCACUGUUACUUCCUCGACCAGACGCGGGUGGUGCGGCCACUCCCUGACGAGAAGAACUACCACAUAUUUUACCAGAUGCUGGCGGGGCUGACGCAGGAGGAACGAGGGAAGCUGCACCUGGAGGGCUACAGUGUGAGGACACUCCGCUACCUGAGUGAGGGCGACACCCGUCAGGACGACAUUGAGGACGCCCGCAGGUUCGAGGCGUGGAAGGCGUGCCUGGGCGUGCUGGGGAUUCCCUUCCUGGACGUGGUGAGAGUGCUGGCGGCCGUCCUCCUGCUGGGCAAUGUUACCUUCAUUGAGGGGCCGGGCCUGGAGGUCGACAUCCAGGGCGGCAGUCAUGAACUCAAGAGCGUGGCGGCGCUGCUGGGGGUGUCGUCGGCGGCGCUGUACAGAGGCCUCACCACCCGCACUCACAACGUCCGCGGCCAGCUUGUCAAGUCCAUGUGUGACGCUAACAUGUCUAACAUGACUCGAGAUGCCCUGGCCAAGGCCCUCUACUGCCGGACAGUUGCUACCAUUGUCCGUCGUGCCAACUCCCUCAAGCGGCUCGGCUCUACCUCAGGCACCCUCUCCUCUGACAGCAACGAGAGUGUCCACCACCAGGCCGAGGUGGCGUCCCAACACGCGUCCACGGUGGGCACGGCCGGCUCAAAGGCGUCCAAAUCCAUGAGCGUCCUCAAUAAUGCAGUCAAGCACGCCACUGACGGCUUCAUUGGCAUCCUCGAUAUGUUUGGCUUUGAGGACCCUAAACCAUCCCACCUGGAGCACCUAUGCAUCAACCUGUGUGCUGAGACAAUGCAACACUUCUACAAUACCCACAUCUUCAAGUCAUCGAUCGAGUCAUGUCGAGAGGAGGGUAUUACUUGUGAAGUCGAGGUCGACUAUGUAGACAAUGUUCCAUGUAUCGACCUCAUAUCUUCCUUGCGCACGGGUCUCCUCAGCAUGCUGGACGUGGAGGGGUCGGUGAGGGGCACGCCAGAGAGCUACAUCCAGAAGGUCAAGGUACAGCACAAGGGCAACAUGAGAUUAUUCGAGCCUAAGGCCAACCACAUCAGGGCCUUCGGCAUCCACCACUUCGCCAGCAGAGUCAUGUACGACGCCUCGGACUUCCUUGACACCAAUCGAGACAUCAUCAGCGACGACCUGGUCUGCGUCUUCCACAAGCAGUCGUGUAACUUUGGCUUUGCGACGCACCUCUUCGGCUCGGAACUGAAGGCCCUCUUCUCCCAGGACCCAGUGCCGCGAGGGGUGUCCUUCCGCAUCAGCCCAACCUCACACACGGAUCUGCAAAAUGGAGAUGAGCCAGUGUCGACGUUGACGCAGGACUUCCACACUCGCCUUGACAACCUGCUGCGGACGCUGGUACACGCUAAGCCGCACUUUAUCCGCUGCCUCAGAUCUAACUGUACGGAGAAGGCGGCGGUGUUUGACCGUGCCACGGUUAUUAAGCAGAUCCGUGCACUCCAGGUGCUGGAGACCGUCAACUUGAUGGCUGGCGGCUACCCUCACCGCAUGCGGUUUAAGACCUUCAACAUGCGCUACCGGUUACUGGUGCCCUUCAAGAAAUUGCGCCGCGUGGAGGAUAAGACGGUGGACGACUGUAAGCUCAUUCUCGAGUACUUUGUGAGGUCACUGGAAGACAUUAACAAGACCUCCACCGUCGCUAUCCAGUGGGCACUAGGAAAGAGACAUAUAUUUCUAAGUGAAGGAGCGAGGCAGCAGCUAGAGAUGCUGAGAAUAGAGAUGAGACACCGAGCAGCGACCCUUCUGCAGGCAGUAUGGCGGGGCUGGCACUUCCGACGAAGGUGGCCCACGCUAAAGAGGAACUUAGAGCUGAGGGCUCGCUCUCGCACUGUCCGGCCGCGGCCACAACCCAUCGCCGGCACCCCUCCGCCCGACGUCAUGGACCGCUGCGACCAGAAGACCAUCCAACAGACCUGUUCCCUCUUUGGUCUCGACCUGGAACGGCCGCCGCCGGUGCCGCCCAGUAGGUCCUACACCAUCAGCGGCAACCACAAGAUGGGUUACCCACAGACACGCCUCAUGAAGAGGAAUUUCCCCGAUGAAGGCGGGAGCGACACGGUGCUGCUGAAGGGGGAGUCGGUGGUGGUAGCGGGCGCGUCUCCCAGGCGAGGACAUCUGCUCGUCGAGCACCAGGGACACUCCUUCCAUGUCCCCUUCCAGUACAUGGAGCUCAAACCCUCAGCUCAGCCCGGAGUCAACAUUUAAAAAUGCUUGCAUUGGAUUUUUUUUCCCCUGUGAGGAACUCAAAAAUGUUCCGCUUGAAGAUACAAACUGCUGGUCAGGACUCGGUGGAGAGCCGCAAGUUCUCACGGACCAACAGAGGAUGUCCCAGUGAACUGAAAAACAAAAAUUAUCAAUUCAAGGCUGAAGUCAUACCAGCGUGUGGAAAUAUUUCUAAAUUUCGGACCAACUCGCCGUAUUGAGCAUGUAUUUAUUUUGAGAGCAUGUUGAAGUCUGUGUAAGGUGAGAGGAGACAGCACUCUGGUGGCAGCGUGCGGUCCGGGCCUGGUACCUGACAUCAUACCCUAAUACUCUAUUGACGCUCGCUAGUGCGCGAAGUGAACUAAUCUUAUUUUUCAUGUUGAAAAAUUGUAAGACUUGUGCACAGCAAAUGAAUGGCAUAAUGCGUAGUAGUGGUCGGGGCUGGAGGACCGUGGAAAGCCUUCUGCUGCACCAAGCCUCCACCACCGCCUCAUAUAUGUCCUACUAGCAGUGUCUAACUGAAUAAGGAUUUUGUAUAUAUAUAUUUGUAUGUGCCAAUAUUGUUAGGUAUUUUAUAAGUUGAUUGAUAUACCUCGUUACUUAUGUAUGUCGUCGAAUACCGUAAAAGGAAUCUGUUACUACAUAAUUAAAGAUGUUAGAGUAAGUAACAUUGAAGUUAACGCAUUUCGACCCCCUAAGAUAAUAUGCCUUUUGGUGCUACAAGCUUUUUGAACCCCCCGUGUUGUGCUCUCUCUGGCUUGUAAGAGUCUCUCUCUCUCUCUCUCUCUCUCUCUCUCUCUCUCUCUCUCUCUCUCUCUCUCUCUCUCUCU